AUGCUUUUCUUCGGAUGGUUUGCCUGCAAUUCUUCGCUGGCGGCGUUCUGUUUGGAGGAGUUGCGUGCCGCCGCAGCCACUCUGGGAGUAGACAUCCAUGUGCAGGAAUGUUUGCCAUGGCUCCGCGCGGACUCAUCGCAGACGGCGUUUUGCGUCUUUGAUGCGGCGUCUGUUGCGGUGGCAAGGCAGCUCGCUGGGCGAUGUGUACUGCUUCGCGCCGUGCACCUCCUCAUCGCCGCGGCGGCGUCCGUAGAGGACCUACUGGCGUGCAUCGCUGGUACGAGUGACGGUGGCAUUGGCGAAGCAAAGUGGCUGCGAGGGAUGGCGUGGCCAGACGACACCAUCCUCCGCCCCGCCGACUGUACAGUGCAGGUGGAGACAAUCGGACGGCACUACACGCUGGAGGAGAAGACGGCACUGGCGACACGUGUCAGCGUUGCAAUGCGGAUUUUGCCUGACGCGUCACGUCCACGGGCGACGGAGCAGCGCCCGCACCGCCUCUCAUUUGUCGUGGAACAUGCGAUUGAGAACGCACCCACCGGAGCUCUGGCCUCGUGGCUGCCCUGCGGCCGUGUGCUGCGGGUAUUCUGUGGCGCUCUCGUGUCGGAGUCCAACCGGCAGCAUCUUCUUGCGACGUAUGAUCUUAAACGACGUCCGUACAUUGGCACAACUUCGAUGCCGUCCGAGCCGGCCUUUGUGAUGGUGCAUCUGGCGCAUGUGCGGCGUGGAAAUUAUGUGUGCGACCCGUUCUGCGGCACCGGCAGCAUUCUUAUUGCCGCGGCACAUUACGGGGCCGUCACACUUGGCGCUGACGCCGACGCGCGUGUGAUGCGUGGCGGUUCAUUGCGUUGCAAAGCGAGCAAACAACAGCAGCAGCAACGCGAGGUGGCCGUGCGGUCAUACACGCAAGACACCCUUGAGCGGGCCGGCAUCACUGCAGCGGAGGCAGAGGCACCGUCGAUGUGGACGAAUUUCAAACUCUACGGCCUCACACCACCUGAUCGCGUGCGUAUGAACUUUGCCAACUGGCACGCCGCGUUGCGUCCGUGCAACAUGCAUGGCAGGGAAAAAGGUCCCACGGACCGCGGUGAUCGCGGAUUCCUGGACGCCAUCGUGACGGAUCCCCCGUAUGGCAUACGUGAGCCACGCAAGAAGGCGACACGCCUGACAGGAGAGAAGGUUGAGAUGGAGGAGGGAACAGACAUCCCGGCGUGUUAUCCGGUUAGCAGCAUCGUGCUGGAUUUGAUGCUUUUCGCGGCCGAGUCGCUUGUGCUGGGCGGCCGCCUCGUGUUCUGGUACCCGACCACCACCACCACCACGCGGUACACCGACGAUGAGCUGCCAACGCACCCGUCGCUGCGCCUCGUGUGCGACAUACCGCAGCGGGUCUCCCUGAAGAUUGUGCGCCACCUCAUUGUGAUGGAGAAAACACGGCCGGUGCCGUUUCCGCCACCCUCCCGUGCGAGCUGCGCCGCGACGCGGCAGGCGCCCGAUCUCCGCGCACUGAUGGACGCCACCGACCUUCCAGACAACGCGGAUUACAUGCAUUACCGCUCCAAACUGCUGCGGAAGCGGGACUCCACGAGGCGUUACUUUGCCACCACCACCUCAUCGUCCCUGAGCACGCAUGGCGACGACAGGCCUGGCGAGGCGAAGGGGGAGCGGAGGAAGCUGUCAAGAGCUGAGCGGCAGGAUAUUAUUGUCGCAAAUCGUGAGCGGAACUUGCAACAGAAGCGACAACAGCAAAAACAACAGCAGUUGACAUGGAGGGAAGAAAAUCGCCAAAGUGACAACGAAGGCGAGGGAGAGAGGGGGAGGCAUUCGAGUAAAUGA